AUGAUCAACACAUUCGUAACUAAUAUCACGCUGAUCAUCAAAGUGUUCGCGGAUUUGCAUCCGAAAAAUUUACGCUAUUACUUCUACAUGUUCACACCAAACGAAAAAAAUGUGGAUGAUAUACCGAAUUUUUUCCUGGAUUCAGCAAUGUCGUGGGCCAUCGCUUUGAUUUUGUUAGAGUAUUUAAUGACCGACAAGAAGAACUACGCCUUUGAACGAUACAGUCACCUCGGCACUUCAAUCAACAAUGAGGCUUCUAACGAAAUGCUCGUUUACCUUUCCACUGUUGGUCUGGACACUAUCAAGCAAAUCCCAAUACAAUUCAGAUUUGGUAAACAUCAUGUUGCGGCUGCAUGUUAUCCUAUGCUGUACAGUGCAGUGCAUAUCAUAGACCUUUCAAAGGAUCCGGUUUCUGCAUAG